UUUAUUUAUAAUAAAUAUGACGGGAUCACACACAUGAAAUUUAGAUAUCAAAAGCUCCCGCCGGCAUUUUUUUUUCUCCCCUACACAAGGAGGACACGUUGCCAUAGUGAUAAACAGAGGACGGUCUUAACCCAAAGCUAAACCUUAUUUCUGUAACAUUAUAACCAAAAGGGCAAAGCUUUUUUUGUUGGGAAGCUGUAACAGUAAGCAUGGGAAGAUCACCUUGUUGUGAUAAAAAUGGGCUCAAAAAAGGGCCAUGGACGCCGGAAGAAGAUCAGAAGUUGAUUGAUUAUAUUCAAAAACAUGGGUAUGGAAAUUGGAGGACGCUGCCGAAGAAUGCCGGUCUUCAAAGAUGUGGAAAGAGUUGCCGUCUUCGAUGGACUAAUUACUUGAGACCUGAUAUCAAGAGAGGAAGAUUUUCUUUCGAAGAAGAAGAGACUAUAAUUCAGCUACACAGUAUAUUGGGCAAUAAGUGGUCGGCUAUUGCUGCUCGGUUGCCUGGAAGAACAGACAAUGAAAUAAAAAACUAUUGGAACACACACAUUAGAAAGAGGCUUCUUCGCAUGGGAAUAGAUCCGGUGACUCAUAGUCCUCGGCUGGACCUACUCGACCUAUCCUCCAUACUAAGCUCAUCUUUUUACAACCAAUCCCAAAUGAACAUUUCAAGGUUACUGGGUGUGAAUUCCUUGGUUAACCCAGAGCUUCUAAGGCUGGCCACUUCUUUCAUGUCAUCUCAACGUGAAAACCAAAACCACAAGUUCAUCGUUGAUCAUAAUGUUGAAGAUAACCAGCUUUGCAGCUCCCAAGUCCAGGACCAGUAUCAACAACCAUUAAUGCAGUCUAACCAUAAUCAUCUGCCAACGCAAGUCCAAGAAAUCCCAGCUUGUUGUAUUCCUUUUUCCAAUGAAGCAGAGCUCAUGAAUCUGGACCAAUUCCCAUCAAAUUUCUCACACUUAAAUGACUGGCAAAGCAAUGCAAUGCCUUCGAAUUUGACGGAGGAUUACGUGCCGCUACCGACAAACUAUGACUAUUACGCCACUGAUCAUCAUCAUCAUCAAACCGUGAAGGAUCCUUCAUCAUCCGAAACCUCAAAUUUCCAAUCCAACAACAGCAACCAGAGUUUCAGCUUCGCGUCAGUUUUAUCAACGCCUUCCUCAAGUCCAACUCAAUUGAAUUCCAACUCAACAUACGUCAACAAUAGCGGCAUUGAAGAAGAACCAGAUAGCUACUGCAGCGACAUUUUAAAGUUUGAAAUCAGAGAUAGUUUGGACGUUAAUGAUUUCAUGUAGGUCCAAAAUCAAAACUCACAAAAAGGAGUUUCCAUUUAUGUGCUUUCAUUUUUCUUUUUUGGACUAAGUCGGGUGGGGGGGUGUCGAUACUUGUAAAAUUUUCUACAAAUAAUUUAUUUUGUUGUAUUUUUUACCCUACGGCAAGAUCCUACCAUUAAUUUCCUCCUCCUUUAAAAAAAAAAAAAGUUAUUUCAAUAUCAUGGAAAAGGUUCCAUUAUUAA